AUGAUCAAGCUCCCCAGAUAUACCAGGUCGCAGUUGGAAAUCUUUAGGUUCUCAUUCUGCCUUUUGUCUCCGAUCGCUGUGAUGUAUUAUAUAGGUACUGAUACAGACAAGAAGCUGAACGUACCAGGAUUCUGGCCAGAUCCUGAGACUUUGAAUAAGAUUCCUAAGGAGCCCUACGAGAUCAAGGCGGAGUUGGCACGUAUGAAGAAGGAGAGAUUAGAAAAGAGACUAAGACUUGAGAAGAAGAUUGCUGAGGAGUAUGGGAUCGACAUUGAAGCUGAGAAGGCUAAAAUCAAGGCCGAAAUGGGAGGUAGUCCAAGCCAGUAA